AUGUGUCUCAUACUUUUCAUCGCGAAGCCUUUCCUGCACUGGAUGUUUGGGCUCUCAUUCUCCUUAGUUUUGACAGCCUUUGACGAGAAUAUAAACGCUCUGGUGAUGUCUAUGUUCACUGCCCAGAUCUGGAACUUAUGCAUUGCGCUCUUUAUAUUUUCCUGUUUAUUCACCUUCAUCGCACUACGCCGACCGCACGGUCCCCAACCAGCUGCAUAUGGCCACCUCCAGACGCUCGCCAACCUCGUGGAUGAGUGGUCCCCUGUGAUGUGGUGGGGACACAAGGAGGAUGGAAUUCCGUACUGCCAUGCUGGGACAAGUGAUCACCCGCUGCCGGAUGUGAAGAUGGAAUGCGUUUAUGCUGGUUCCGUUGCUGGGUCUCUGGUACCCCUCUCGUGA